ACACGGUCGAGACCUCACGCGCUUCAAAUCUCGGGAUGCGUAUACAGGCGAUUCUAAGCCUCCUUUCGUCCGCGCAUUAUGUCCAGAAUUACUUCAACGACACUCUCAAUGUCCUGAACCAUCUUGGCAGCAUUUCCCCUUAUCACCGUGCCCGUCAUCAACAUGCUUCAGAAAUCAAUUCAGAACUCCCUAUCGACUGUACUGUUGACCAAGUAAUGCUUAUGCACCGUCAUGGCUCUCGUGGUCCCAUUGGCGAGCAGAGAUAUAUAGAGCGGCUGAUUCAAACACUGCAUGACGCAACAGAUGUUAUCCAGAAAGUAGAACUGCCUCACGAGUUCGAGUUUCUGCGAGCAGGGUAUAAUUUCAGCCUGGCACCGCAUAAUUUGACUAUACUUGGGCGCAAGGAACUUUUUGACCAUGGAGUUGAGUUCGCUUUGAAAUACCCACACUUGACAACCGACAUAAUCCUAUCUAGCGACUCAGGUCGGGUGGUCGAAUCUGCACGUUGGUUUGCGUUGGGUUUUUUCGGACUGGAUCCAGAUGUUCGCAUUGUGACUGUCAAUAACACAGAUGAUCCAGUUUCUUGGAUCACUCCUGCACCAGGACCAGCUUGUCCCAAGUUCAACUACAGUUUUGGACAGCAGGCUACCCGGACGUGGAGCAAACACUAUCUGCCUGUAAUUACUGAUCGCCUAAACAUGCUUCUACCUGGUGUCGGGUUCACUGGAGACGAUAUUCAUGGGGCUUUAUUUGCUUGUGCCUAUGAUUUGGCUUCCCUUGGUGCUUCUCCGUGGUGUGGCGUCUUUCGACCCGACGAACUGGUUAAUUUCGAGUACGAAAGGGAUAUCUUAAUGGACGCUUCGUGCGCCUAUAUGUUACCAGAUAACAUGAGCCCUCUCGUGGGGACGGUGUUUGUGAAUAAGCUGAUUGAGCGCUUCACAGAUUCUCAAGGAAACAGCCGCCCAUUAUAUCUUGAAUUCGGGCACGAUGUCACAAUUUUGCUUGCUCUAUCUGCUUUAGGCCUAGCAAAGGAUGACCCUCCCCUAUCCCCCGACGAGCUACGUCCUGGGCGGAAGUUUCAGACUUCUGAACUCACGCCAUUUGCCGCCAAUAUGGUCUGGGAAAAAUUCACAUGCACAAGCUCAUAUGAUGGACCCCAGAUUCGCCUUAUUUUAAACGAUGCUACCAUGCCCUUGACUAUUUGCGGUCAAGGCAUGGAUCCCACACUUGGGACAUGUUCCCUCGAUACUUUCGUGAAUGCGAACCAUUACAGCACAAGCAUUCGGUUCCGGGAUGAGACCUGGAAUGCGACUUGUGGGGUUUGAAUCGACCAACGCAAUAGACAAUCUUACCACUACACUAAAUAUUUCUGUCCUACAGAAGCCGCAGUUAAAUUUCGGCGCAAGACAAUCUCUGACGCUAUGGCGACUUGCUCGAAAUUCCUCGUUUCAUUGGGACUACUUUGUGGAAUGGAUGAAAUAUUACGCUCGUUGACACUCAGGGAAAGGCAUAUGUAGCGGGCCGCCGCGCCGUGGGAGCUUGUGUAUCCAUAGAUAGCUUGGAGCAGGUUUACGCCUUGGAUCUAACCAUUUCAAAAA